GGCUCAAUCAGCGCAACGGACCGACACGGCGCUCCUGUAUAAUAACUCCCAGGCUGCUGGCAGGAGCGGAGGCGGCAGUAGCAACAGCAGCAGCACAUCAGCCCGGGAGGGGAGAAACUGCUCGCACUCACUCACUGAUAAAAAGCACAGAAAGCAGCGGCACAGCCCCGAAUCCCGCCUCCCUCAUUCGCCUCCACUCCCUAAAGAAGCGCUAAGUUUAUUUGCGGCGGAGAGAGCCGAGUCCUCCUAGUGUUGUACCUGACAUCCCUCCUGUCACUUUCCAUGGAGUGCUACUACAUUGUCAUCAGCUCGUCCCACCUCAGCAAGGGCCACUUCCGGAACAUCAAGGGAGUUUUCAGGGGACCGCUCACUCACUCCAGAACUCUGGACUGUGCUGAAAAGGAAAAUACAAGAUCAAAAACACUUGAGGAUCUUAAAGCCAACUUCUACUGUGACCUCUGUGACAAGCAAUACCACAAGCAUCAGGAAUUUGACAAUCACAUAAAUUCAUAUGAUCAUGCACACAAGCAGAGGCUUAAGGAGCUAAAACAGAGGGAAUUUGCUCGAAAUGUGGCAUCAAAAUUGCGGAAAGAUGAGAGAAAACAGAAAAAGUACCUCCACCGGCUGCACAGAAUGGCCAAUCUGAAGAGAGAAGCAACUUGUGCCCCCGGAAGUGGUCCCAUGUUCAAGUCGACAACUGUUAGCGUCCAAGACCACAUACCUGAAAAUCUUGAAGAUGACCUUGCCCAGUCAGUAGGAAAAGGUCCAGAGGGUCAUUGUUUUAAAAGGAUCCAUGACAAGUCUAGUGUAAUGCCUAUUAUUUUGGCAAGUUCUGAAAGCUCAGAAAAUUACAAGCAACACUUUGAUUACCAGACCCAAAAAGGUCAUGGGCACAAAUUUAGUUUCUCUUUUGCUUUUCCCAAAAAGGCGCAAAUAAAACUGGAAUCCUCCGCUGCCGUCUUCUACAAAUUCAACGAUGACAUUUCUGCUGAGCGCGGUUUAAAAAGGAGAAGCAGAUUUGUCCCCGAGUCCUUUACUGCUCUGUCGGCUUUGCCGGCCGAAGUCCUCCAAUGCCCAAGCAAAACUCAACAAUCCAUAGCCGUCUCUCUAAAUCAUUCUUUGGACAACAAGCAUAAAGCUGAACAAGCACAUUCUAAACUGCAGUCUGCGUUGGCAGCGGAAGUAUUUCUGUUCCCAAGCAGCAAUCAACAUUCAACAACGGGCGGAUCAAAACAAGCGUUGAACAAAGUCUAUUGCCUGCAGGAGCAGAACCUGAAGCAAAUGCUUACAUCAGUAGUAAAUGUAUUCCCAGACCCAGAUAUUUGCCAUUUAAAAGUGCCUCAUUUUAGUAACGUCUCUGUAGCUGCAGCAGCGAUGACUAAUACAACAACAUGCAUGCAAGACAUUGUCAAGGAUGAGUUUGCUUUGAUAGACCUCAAAUCUGGGACAAUCGACACAGAUCCCACCGUCCAAGAAGCUCAUUGCAAAGAGUUGACUGUUCCAAGCAAAGCACAACAAAAUGAAAACACUGCAAUAAAUCAGUCUGAAUACAGGACUCAAGAUAAUACAGAUUUGUCACAUUGUCUUUUGCUGUCAAGUGAUAGUGUGGCUGAUGCAAAGGCCCAAAGAAAUGAUGGGCCAUUCAAAAGACCACGUCAUGCUUUUUAUCCUGUGCAAAGUAAAGAUGGUUCGAUGCUUCUUCAGUGGCCUUCUGAAAUGUUAAUGCACACAGGUACAGAACCCUCCAUCUCUUACAGCUGCAACCCACUCUACUUUGAUUUCCGAACAUCAAAAAGUGCAGCCGAGAAGGAGAACAUUAAGAAUGUACAGAGGCCUCACCCAUGUGAUACGCCAUGCCCAGCUUGGGACAAUGUUACCAACAAAUAUGCCAAUACCAAGUUCAACAGGAAUUCCAUUGCACACGAACCAGAGAGGAAUAUGAAACAAUAUAAUGUCUUUUGUUUUGUCAAUGGAAAUAAAAAACACAUUUCUAGCUGUUACCUGGAUAAAAUAUACCAUCUGGAUACUAAGUAUCACAGGCACAAGGCAAAAAGAUGCAAAAAACAUGAUCAUAAGUGCAAAAUGAGGCAGCAUAGAUGCAAACAUGGAUCUCAGGACUCAGGCAGGUCAUUGAAAUGUAGAUAUAGGCACAGGUGGUCUAUGGAUAAUGGUGGAGUAGGUGUUUAUAAUAGUUUGAGUAGUCAGUAUAAGAACUUGAAAGGCUCCCCUGGUUCCAUAGAUGAUCUAGUACCUUCUAACCAGGUGCCAGAUACUGAGGGUGCCGCCACUGACAGAUCAGGGGUAUUACAGAUAAAGCCACAAUGUGGACUUCUAAAUAGGAAGGCAGAAUUUGAAAGCCCGUCACAACACAAUAUGACAUCUCUACACUACCAGUUGGGGGUGGCACCAAUAAAUCAUGUUUGUGAUAUAUAUUCAGCAGCAUUUUCUAACCUGAGCACAGAUAGAGCAAGCUCAAGUCAACAAAAACCUGAUGCCCAUGUCCAGCAAAGCUGGCCUUUAAAAAGAAAACACGGCCCUUUAGUAGAUGAACCUGAAAUGCAACGCAAAAAGCGCAAGUUAUACAAACCGUUCUCUUUAUCCAUCCAACAAAUCACUUUCUCUGAGCAAAAUUACUUUAUAUUAUGGAAGGCAAUACAGAGAAAGUUAAUGGGCAAGGUAAAAGGACAUAUCAGUGUCAGCAGAACCCUAUGCAGAUAUUCACAGAAUAAGUUUCCAAUAUCUGUAAAUAGGAAGUUAGUCAAUUGGCAAAAAAUGUCAUUUAAGUCAACAAAGUGUGUCAACAACAUAAAUCAAAGCAAAGACAAUAAGGGGACCCAAGUAUGGGAUGGUUUCCUGGAGAUCAGUGACACUAAAGAACCAUGCUUAUUGGCUGCUCACAUUCCUGGUCACAUCAUAAAACAUGAAAUUGCUAUAAAAGAGAGAAUACCUGGGGCAACAAGUGAUGCAUUCUCAAAAGAAUUAAAUUACCAUGGCAGCAAUACUUGUAGCAAAACUGCAGCAGAGCAACGAUCAUUGCCACCAGACAGAAGAACAGGAAAGGAAGUCAACUCAAGUAGAAGUUGUACACAAUAUGCUGCCCUUGAGUUCCCCAGUCAGAACACUCCCACUAAUUCUCAGUCCUUUCCCACGGGGCAGUUCCAAUCCCCUGUCAGCUCGGCACAUCCCAAACACUUCCUUCCACACCGAUAUGCUAAGAAACAUAAUCCAUGUGCAGGAUACAGACAUGAACUGCAGCCCAUCAUUUUUCCACGUAAACUCAAAAUUGCAUUUCCUUCCACAGCAGCUCAGUCUUGUUCAUCAUUAUACCCUGCUUUGUAUGAGCAGCCAUUUUGCUCUAGUGCAUCGACUAUGGUACAACACACUUUCACACACCACCAUGUGACUGUCCUUUCUGCCGCUUCGUUUGCAACAGCCUCCACUGACACCAGGGUCCAUAUGGAUUUUCAGCAGCAGUUUGUCUCUCCUCAGGCCUUCCCAAGAGCUCCGUUAUACCAAGUUACAGCAGAGCCAAGACUGUGUCCUGUGGACCAUGUUUUCCCUUUACCACGAGUGCCGGUUGUGCCAGCAUCAGUCCACCAUUGCUUGCCUUUGCCCUUUCCUCCCAUCUCUCACACUGCUGUUUUUUCUCCUCUUCAUAUACCACAACCCUCCCUUAUUCCACUGCAGUCUAUUUUUUAAGUGUCAGCUGUUUGGUUGGGAAAUGGAAACAUGAAACCCUGUGAAACAUUUUAAAUGCAAAUUUGUUGCGGCUACAGAGAAUUGUUAAUCAGUCUCAACCCUUUAACUGUUUCUAGAAAAUUUUUAGUAUUUCAUUAGCAUUUUGGGACAGUAUGGUAGGUGUCAGUGGUUAUGUAAUAGCAUGUAGUUAGUUUGCCCCAAGUCCAGCUGGGAGCAUUUACUGGACUGCUGAUUGAUAUCUAACAUUAAGCUGGUUGCUGUGGGUUGCUAGACCCCUAAGCCAAUUUGCUUGUUGUCGUGCCCAAGUUUUGAAGCAUCUGAAAUGACUAGCUUGGAAAUCCCUGAUUCAGAAAUGUUCUACUGAUAUCGAGAUAUUCCUAUCAAUAAGAGGAAUGUAUUGGUAUCUAUCACUAAUAAUCGCACCUAGCCCACCCCCAUCUUCUAGGGUUCACAGAGGAGGAGGGUGAAACUGUUGUUUGGGGUCCCUACUAGUGAUGGGCGAAAUGUUUCGCCAGGCAUGGAUUUGUGGCGAAUUUCCACGUUUUGCCAUUGGCGGAU